GCGCUACCGUUGUUCCUCCCAGGCUCCGCGGAGCUGAGAUGUGCGUUCGCGUGCCGGCGUUGAGGACAUGGACGGCGUGAGCGGGUCCGCGGUCCGGGCUGGAUUCUCCCGCUCGCCCUCUCAACAGCACGCGCCCGUUCACCGUGGGACCGAGUGUUUACAGCGAUCGCCGCGAACAACGUGACGCGUCGGCGCCUGCUCUGCACCAGCCGGCGGUAAGGGAUUAUUUCAACACAGCCUUUUACCUCGUCGGACCAGAAAGAACGAAAAAAACACAACAGCAGCAAAGCAGCAAAUUACAGGUCAGCUUUAUCCGAACCUGCGCCUGUCUGCUUCGGUUUGAUCUGGAUGGGAAACAACAAUGCGCCAGAUGGAAAGUGUGACAAAUAAUAAGAAGCGAGCUGCAGGUUGACAGGUGAACUGAACAGCAAGCACUUUCUGAAGUGUUCCGCUGCUAACGUCGUUUUUUGCAGCUUAUUAUUAGGUAAAUGGCACAAAGACGCAAGUGGAAGAACAGUCAGCUUGAACGGGGUGAAGGCACUGCGGCUUUAAGUCCACAGCUACUGAGCAUCGCAACUCAUUUCGCCCUCUCCAAUAACAGAUCUAUGGGGCUCUCUUAAGGAAAGCGGAGAAGGCAGCACAUGAAACACACACAUGCACAGCCUGCUCCCUCGUUGCUCACCUGUCAGUCCGAGCUGGCACUUUUUUUUUUUUUUUUUUUGCUCAGGGUUCGUGCCGUCCUUUGUUUCCAGCCAGAACAACUCUCUGCCUGUGAGCUUCCCGGAGGACGGCGGGGAGGAGGGAGCGCAUGAAGCCCACUCACAUCCAUUUCCCGUCUCCGUCUCUCGCCUCCAGUCCGGCGGAGCUGCAGCCGAGGCGCUGAGGAUUUGACUGGCACCCGGGAGCGGGUCGGGCGCCGGGUGAAUGCUGCCGAGCGGGGACGGGGGCUGAGCGGCACCGACCCGGAAAAAAAAAAAAAUAAUAAUAAUAAGGAGCAUGGCAUCCACCGGGAUGCAGAUAUUUGGAUUUGUGCUGGCGCUGCUGGGCAUCAUGGGCGCCACGGUGGCCACGCUGCUGCCCAACUGGAAGGUCAGCGCCGACGUGGGCUCCAACAUCAUCACGGCGAUCUCGCAGAUGCAGGGCCUGUGGAUGGACUGCACCUGGUACAGCACCGGCAUGUUCAGCUGCACGCUCAAGUACUCGGUGCUGUCGCUGCCCGCGUACCUCCAGACCGCCCGCACCACCAUGGUGCUGUGCUGCGUGCUGGCCGCCAUGGGGCUCUGCCUGGCGUCGCUGGGCCUCAAGUGCACGCGCUGGGGCGGCGGCCGGCGCUCCAAGCGGCACGCCGCCAUCGCCAGCGGCGGCUGCUUCGUGGCCGCGGGCUUCCUGUGCCUGGUGCCGGCCUCCUGGUUCACCAACGAGGUCAUCACCAGCUUCCUGGACGCCAGCGUGCCCGAGAGCAACAAGUUCGAGCCGGGCGGCGCCGUGUACGUGGCCUUCGUCUCGGCGGGCUUCCUCUUCGUCGGGGGCUCCAUCUUCUGCAUGUCCUGCUCGGGGAAGCGGCACGGCCCGCGCGACCUGGUGCUGCUGCCGCCGCCGGACAAGCUGCUCCUGCAGCAGCAGCAGCAGCAGCUGCUGCAGCAGCAGCAGGAGCUCCAGCACCAGUACUGCUCUCUGUCCCCGCUGGACAACAAGACCGGCUACAGCCUGCAGGACUAUGUGUGACGGAGGGAGAGUGUGGAACAGAACCGGGGAGGGCGACAACUUUGAACCCCCCCCCCCCACCCCACCCCUCUGCUGUGGCAAGCACAAGCGUGCGGAGGUGGUCCCCGGGCGGCGAGGGAGGAUGCGCGCGGAGCCGGGACGAGGCGUCCUUAAACCGGCGCAUCACGGGAGGAGUUCCCCGGGGGAAACGGACAUCGAGCAAAUAGGAACCGAGUCCGCGUAGAUUUUUUUUUAUUUCCUCGCCAAAGGUUUGAAGAGAAAGAAUAAGCAAUCAUUUAGCUGCUAUUUACAAUCGUCUGCUAGACUCCCAUUGGACAAUUUAGGCAAUAUAACGCCCGAGCGCAGUAGGUGGAAGCCCUUUUAUAGCAAGCCAUUGUAGUUUUUCCUAUGCUUAGCCACUAGAAUGCUACGUGGAACUGACUCAACUAAAUGGUCAUAUUUUUGUUAGCUACUAGAAUGACGUUGAUAUUUCGCCUGUAGAGCAUGCUGCGUUGAGCCUGUCUGUGUGUUAAUACGGAAUGCCUGGUAGAGGAGUGAGACAUAGCCACACAAUGCCUGUGCCUGAAAAGCUGUAGAAACAUUGCCCUGCUGUAACUGUUCAGAGCAGGGUAUUUGGGGGGGGGGCUGCUGAGCUGGAUUUGAGACGGGGGAGAAAAAAAAUGCAGUUUUUGGCUCCAGAAGCUUUAUCCAGAGCCCUCCGCUCGCACCGCAUUCCCCAAUUCCCUCUUAUUAGCCGGUGGCACGAGGCGGCAUCCCUCUCCAUAGCCACAGCAUCCAUAGCAUUCAAGGAGCCUCGCAAGGAUGAAUAGAUGCUUAAUGGUGCAUUAGGGAGGGGGGGGGGGGGGCGCUUCUUGAGUCACGGUCGACCAAGUAGCUAAAAAAGGCUUGAGUCAUUCUCCAUAUGUGACUUGUUUUCCAAGUCUGCUGCCAGCCCGCACCUGCAGCAGGUCCCCGCUCAACCUGCAGCCGCCUGACUGUGCCACCAUCCGUUCCCUUCCUGCUCGUCAGUAUGGUCUUUUUUUACCCCCCACCCCCCCUCGUCCUGCUUGUGUCACACAUCACAUGGAUGUGAUCUCUGACAAGAGAAUGCUGAUGCAUGUUGAAAGCAUGGCUGUCUCUCUCAGCGCACACACACACACACACACACACACACACACACACACACACACACACACACACACACACACACACACACACACACACACACACACACACACACACACACACACACACACACACACACACACACACACACACACACACACACACACACACCUCAUCUGUCAUUUGCACUGCUACGCUUUCAUUCGUCUGCUCUUUCCCGCCGUGCUCGAGACGGGCCUUGGCACGUAUGGAAGCACACGUUCCCUCCUCCUCCCUCGUAAACGUGCAGCUUCCUGGGGGAGAGCAGAUGGCUGGGCCCAGCUCGCCCCCUGCAGGCCGCUGCGGGCGCUGCUGCGGGCGCUGCUGCGGGCGCCUCCGCGGGCGCCUCCGCCGGUCCUGGCAGCGCUGCGCCGCCGGGCUCCCGCCCCCGACUUGGCCGCGUCGCCCGGCCUCCUGACAACAACGCACUGCCCAGGCACCAUGAGCAAUGCAAUAAACAAAGUAAAGAAUGUGCCACGUCGUCGACCAAUACCAACACGCUACGUGUUUCCAGAAUGUGCCAAAUUGUCUCACGAUGACACGUUAGAACAGCGUCGGGUUAUUUUUUUAUUGUGUUGUUUCUACAUGAAUUAUCCAUUAGCAGAUGUUUUAUGGAUUUGUGAUUUGUUCUGCCAGACUAAGUCUCAACUCCGCUACAGUAGAUGCUUGUGUAGAGUCCAGUGCAGCUUUCGAGGGUUCUUUUAAAUCCUCUUUAUUCCUCAUUUCCCAAAGCACAGAAGGACUGCACUGGGCUCGAGCGUGUCACUGCGGAGACGCGUGCUGCGUUUUCUGGAAGAACAAACAUAUGGUUUCACUGCAGGUCUGUGACCAGAGUACAAACAGGUUUCCGGGCUUUUAUGUUGUUUCUUUCUACUGAGGGAGGAGACUUGUUUCGAACUAAGACACAAUAUCAUGUCCACAUCAUAUCUUCUUUAUAAGAAGACGACUGUCUGUACUUUAAUUACUGCCGUUUGUUUAAGUAACGGAGCAUCCCAGGCUCUUUGGACCAGUACAAACAACACCAACCACAGCAGAUGCUCCAGAACAAACGUAACAAUUUCCAUUAGAGAUGAUUCAGCAGGGAAAGAGAAGCUAAAUAGAUUUCUUUUACUGUGGCCGCGCAGCUUGAUCAGAUAGAGCUCUUCUGCUUCUAUGCCGUACCAAGACACCGAUGUAUCAUUUUGAUAACUGCAGCUUAUUUUUGUGGAUGCUUUAGCACUCCUUAUUUUGCUAGAGCAUAUUUGUGAUGAUGAACAGUUCACAAGUUCUGAUACAGUUGUCUCAAUGUGCUUGUGCGAGUAGUUCUAUUUUUUACCAAUAAACCUAUUUUGUGAAAGCAA